AUGGCAGCUCCAAGCACAAGUUUGACAAAUCCACAGAUCCCACAGUUUAAUGGGAAAAAUUAUGAUUACUGCGCAAUCACAAUGAAGGCAUUAUUUUGUGCACAAGAUUUAUGGGAGUUCAUUGAAAAUGGCUACCAAGAACCAGUAGAUGCAACAACAUAUAAUGCAUUAACUCAAGUAGAGAAAGACUUAUUGAAGGAAAAUAAAAAGAAAGACUCAAAAGCCCUCUUCCUCAUCUUUCAUGGAGUGAAUGAAAGCAUUUUUCCAAGGAUUCAACCAGCAACAAAGUCCAAGCAAGCAUGGGACAUUCUUCAAACAGCCUAUCAAGGAAUGGAAAAGGUAAAAAUAGCUAAGUUGCAAAUGUUAAGAAGGGAUUUUGAGACCAUCUACAUGAAAGAAUCAGAUACAAUAGAAUCAUUUUUCACUCAAAUCAUUGGAUUGGUAAACCAAAUCAAAACUCAUGGUGAAAACCUUGAAGAAAGAAGAGUGGUUGAAAAGAUUUUGAGAAGUUUGCCUACAAGAUUUGAAUCUAUUGUGGUGGCCAUAGAAGAGACAAAUAAUCUCUCACAAUUUUCAGUGGAUGAGCUUCAUGCUUCACUCAUUUCUCAUGAGCAUAGACUAAGCAGGUCAACAAAUUCAAAUUUGGAGCAUGCAUUCAAGACACAAGUUUCAAUCAGCCAUGGUAGAGCUUGUAAUGUUGCACAAGAAAGUGAGAAAGAUAUAUGGUUUUUAGACUCGGGUUGUAGCAAUCAUAUGACUGGAAAUUUGGAAAUGUUUUCUAGUUUGGAUGAGAGUGUAAAAUCAGAUGUAACAUUGGGGAAUGACAACAAAGUUUCAGUUAUGGGUAAAGGUAGUGUCAACAUUCUAACCAAAAUGGGGGAGAAAAAGUAUAUAUCAGAUGUCUAUUUUGUUCCUGGACUGAAACAUAACUUAAUGAGUAUAAGGUAG